AUUUUUCAAAUAUUAUUGUUUUUUUUUCAACUAAAAAUAUUGUUUUUUUUUCUGGUGUUUGAUAAACAACAACAACACAGUGUGUUUAGAUCAUGUCCUGCAGAAUAAUGGCGCUUGAUCAAAUUGAUAAUCAUCAUCAUGAACUAAAUGAUAAUAUUCAAAUCGAUAAUCAAAAACAACAUUCAUCAUCUAGAUCAAUUGAUCAACCGGUAUCAUUGUUGUGGAAAAAUCUUCGAUAUGAGGUUGAUGAAUGGAAUUUGGAAAGUGAUUGUAGCUGGCGACCAAUUAAAAAUCGUAAAGUUAUCUUGAGACGUUUGAAUGGUUUUGUUCGUCAUCAUAGUAUGAAUGCUUUACUUGGUCCUUCAGGUGCAGGAAAAACAUCAUUAAUUAAAUGUCUCACUGGAAAUGUUUCCACUCAAAACAUAUCUUCAGAUUCGGGAAUCUAUUUGAAUAGGAUGAUAUUACCGGGAAAUAGUCGUGUACCAUUAGUUAGUUUUGUUCCUCAAUCUGUUCAUGAAAUUAUAUUUGGUCGAUUCACUGUUGAAGAAAUUCUUUAUUAUGCGUUUCGUUUUAAAAAUCUAUACGAAAAUCGUCAUAAAGCUGCAGCUCAUAUCAAAUCCACUGUAGAAGAAUUAAUGCUCGAGCCAAAAGUGUUACGCACACCAUUCAUUCAAUGUUCCGGUGGUCAACAACGUCGUGUGGCCAUCGCACAAGAACUUAUGGCCUAUGAAUCUAAACCACCUUUUUUAUUUGUGGACGAACCAACUACUGGCUUAGAUAGCGAAGCUGCAUUAGUCGUUAUGGAAUGCCUUCGAAAAUUAGCCGAUCAUAAUCCAAUAACCAUUAUUGUUUCAAUACAUGCACCUAGUUCAGAAAUCUUAAGUUUAUUCGAUAAUCUUUAUAUAUUGGCCAAAGGUGGAGUUUGUAUCUUUUCUGGUCCACCGAAUGAAAUGUCGAUCCGUUUAGAAUGUGUACAAAAACAUCAAAUAGCCGAUGAUCGAUCUCCGAUCGAAGAAUAUCUAAGAAUUGCGAAUAAUGGUAUUGAUGAUAAAUUGGUUCGUGAUUUAGCUGAUAAUGCUUUGAAAAAAGAAGCAAGCAGGUUUAAAUCGGAAGAAAACUUCAAUGAUCAACAUUAUCAAUUGAAUCCAAAUGGAAUCACACGUCACCCUAAAUUAUUUUCUUUCGACGAUCUAUUCAUUCAAUUGCAACGAUUAUUUCGGUUGAUUUUUAUUGCUGAUAUCCGAUAUUUUCUUUGUUAUUUAUUACUACAUGCCAUUGGUGUUGGUUUUAUCUGUUUUACCAGUUAUGAAGACAUGAUUAAAUCACGUGGAUGUCAUAUUAUUUCGAUGGAGCACUUUAAUUAUAGUUGUGAUGAAAAAUUAAAAGAAUCAUUGAUUGAUGGAUCAUAUAUGAUUUAUCAGCUUGCAAUGGUCAUUGUAAUGACAUUAGUUUCAAUUGGUUUAAGUUCCAUAUUGGUUGUUCAAUUGAGUUCAGUAUUUUGCAAUGAACAUAAAAAUGGAUGGUAUAGUUUGGGUGCAUUUUUUUGGGCCUUCCAAGUUAUUCAUCUAAUUGAAUUGACUUUAUUCGCUCUUAAUCAGACAUUUCUCGGCUAUACACUAUCAGAAUAUUAUGUACUAGAUGACUACAUGAUUAAUUGGAAUCGAUUAGCACAUCAAAUUUUAUUCGUAUGGCUAUUGACAGUGUUAAUGCAAUCAUAUGCACAAGUAUGGGGUAUUAUUUAUGCAAAGAAUGUUCAAUUGAUGGCCACAGCAUUGACAAUUUUAUUCGUGCUGAUAACUAUGCUCAGUGGUUUAUAUUCAUCAUUGGAAAUAAUGAAUCGGCCAAUUUUGGUAAUCAUUGCACAGAUUCUCGGAUAUCGAUCAAUCAUUGAUGGUCUUUAUUAUACAUUCUAUGGCAUUGAUCGUUGUAAUGUUGAUAAUGAAGAAUCGUUACAAUUGAAAAAAUUAUUUGUCAACCCAGACUUGAUUUACUGGAAUUUAUUGCCAACGGUCGUCAAUUGCAUCAUAUUACGCUCCAUCACCUAUGUUGUUAUGUAUUAUAAGUAUAAAUUUCCAAAAAACAAAAUUCAUAAGAAAAUCAGCAAAUAUACUUCCACAUUUUUGUCGGAAUUCAUUUCAAUCGAUUAUGAUGACACAACCAGCAUAGAAGUUAAUUCAAUCGACAAUGUAAAUGAAGAUUCUGUUUGUGUUGAUAAACCGAAUAGCUUUUUAAAACAACGCUAUAUAAUUGGUUGGAGAAAUUUAAGUCUAUUUGAAUCCAGUUCUAUCUACGAAAUUCGUGAACAUCCAAAAUCAUUACAUUCACAAUUACCAUCUGAACGAUUAAUAUUACGGAACCUCAAUGGACAAAUUCGUUUUGGUAGUUUGAAUGCAUUGAUGGGACCAUCCGGUUCCGGUAAGACGACAUUAUUGAAAGUAUUGAAUGGUCGUAAAAAAAUUCGCAUACCAAAAUCAACAAUGUUUUAUCUAAGUAAAUUUCAACCAUUACGUACAUGUUUUGUUUCACAAGAAGUAUCCAAUCAUUUGAUGCCGGGACUUACAACAAUGCAAAGUCUGAUUUAUGCUUCAAAAUUAAAAAAUUGUCAUGAGAAACAAAAAAUAGAUCACAAUAAGCUUGCCUGGAAUCUGUUGAAAGAAUUAAACAUGACCGAUGCAGCCGCUACAUUGGUACAGAAAUGUUCAGGUGGCCAACGAAAACGUAUUGCACUUGCAUUAGAAUUAACUUCAUUACGAAUGCCAAAUUUAAUCUGCAUCGAUGAACCAACUAGUGGUUUGGAUUCAAAUUCAGCUCAUUUAGUCAUUGAAUGUCUUAAACAAUUCGUUCAUAGACAUCAAGAUAUUGCAAUCGUGGCUAGUAUACAUCAACCAAAUACCGAUCAAUUAAUGAUGUUCGAUCAAUGUUAUGUUCUUGCUUGCGAUGGCAUUUGCAUAUUUUCUGGGCCACCAAAUAAAAUCAAAAAUUUUUUGGAAGAAAUACCCGAUUCAUCAUUUUAUAAAUGUUUUCCUAUAGAAACAUUGAUCAAAUAUUCUUGUACUGGUUAUACUAAUCCAAUCGUACAACGAUUAGUGACUCAAACUGAACGAAAAAUCAAACAAACAGAUAAAGAAUUAUUAAUCGAUACUAUUGCUAUUCCAGAAGGUGUACAAUAUAAUCACACAAGAUUUUCAUUGCGGUCUAUUGCCUUAUUAUGUCAACGUUACUGCUUAUAUACAAUCCGUCAUCAAUGGAAAGAAUGGCUCACAUUUCUAUUCGUAUAUUUUUUGACUAGCAUAUUAACCGUAAAUGUUUUUGACAAAUCCAUAGCUGAACCAAGUGGUUGUAUAAAUGUUGAAGAAGAUUUUCAAUCCUACUGUACGAAUAAAUCCGAAGCCAAAAUACUCGAAGAGAUUCAAAUAGUCAACAAUAUCAACUUUAUAUUAAUCCCUGUUGCGGUAAUUGGUUUCGUUAUUUCAAUGCAAUCAAUGUUUGCAUUCGGAAAUGAAUUGAAGUAUUUUGCCAGCGAGCAUCGUAAUGGCUGGUAUAGUAGUGGCGCCUUUUAUACGAUGAAAUUUAUUUUUGAAACCAUUCCGUUAAUUCCAAUCAUGAUGAUGUACAUAUAUAUUAUUGAUCUCAAUGCCGAUAAUUCACCCACAGGAUCUUAUUAUUGGAAAGUUUUCGUAUUAUUUUUAGGUGGAAUUAUAUUUCAUGCCGUUAGUCAUAUAGUCGUAUUAUUAACCAAUGGUCUUUUCAUUCCAUUGAUGAUCUGUCUAUUCUUUUCCAUCGCCAUUUUUGUAAUGACAUCGAAUUUUUUCAAUCCAGUAAUACGAAUGCCAUUGAUAGCAAAAAUUUUGGCCACAUUUUCGCCCAUACAUUAUUUAAAUGAUGCAAAUUUUUAUCUUGUUUUUGGUGGUGAACGAUGUCAAUCAUAUGAGAUACAAUCAAUAUUGGAAUUAUUAAUGAUACCAAAUACGAGCGAAACAUUCUAUAAGGCCAUAAUAAUGUUAAUCAUUUUGGUUAUUAUUUAUCAUGUCACAGCAUUAUUAUUAUUGAUCAUAAAAUUUAAUCCAUUAAUUAAUCGUCGUGAACGGGUCACACAGAUUGAAAAAUAUCAGAUAAAAUGGGAUGUUGAAAGAAAAUUGUGAAUUAACAUUUUAUAACAACUAUAUUUUGACUUAUUUUUUUUUGUCCCUCACUUAAAAAUAUUUUUUGAAUUAUUGAUAACUGCCUGUACAAU